CACAGUAUGCUGGGAAUGCGCGUUCACGAGACGAACGGUCAUCUUUAAACCCCAGAAAGAAUCUUCUUCCGUUUAGCGCCACGACUCACAGCGAUAGAUACACAGUUCCCUGUAUUUAAGUCUAUAUUUUUUAGAUAGUUUAGUCAACGGGGAGGUGAAGGACAGGCAAUAUUGAUUAAAUGACACAUUAUGGAUGCGGUAUAAGCAAAAUUUGGUUGCUUGUUGGUCCUCUGACAGCAACAAAACACUGACGAAAAAAAAAAAAACCCGAACGAACCAAGUAAAGGAAGGCGUUGUUAUUAGCCUGCUAGCUAAGUUAGCUAUCAUUAGCUCCCAAGCUAAAGGUUUGUCUUAAUAACGUAUAUUUCUUUAUUUGUUGCUCUCUUGCUCGCUUAUCCACCUCGGACUCGACUAUACGUGACUAUAUCGGGUCCCGUCUUGUGCUUUUUAUCCGGAGAUGAGCGCAAGAUGUCGGUUUCGGGACUGAAGGCCGAGCUGAAGUUUCUCGAGUCCAUUUUCGACACGAACCACGAACGCUUCAGGAUCAUCGACUGGAAGCCCGAUGAGCUGAGCUGCCAGUUUAACGUGACUGGAGAGAAGCUGCUCAUUAUCCACUGCAACAUCACGGAAUCCUAUCCUUCAACGCCUCCAUUAUGGUUUGUGGACUCCGAUGACCCAAGUCUGACCCAAAUAUUGGAACGCCUGGAGGAUGUAAGAAAAGGCAAUACGCUGCUCCUGCAGCAGCUGAAGAGGCUGAUCUGUGACCUGUGUAGGCUGUAUAAUCUACCUCAGCAUCCCGAUGUAGAGAUGCUGGAUCAGCCUCUCCCCGCUGGCCCUGUCAACCAAGAAAGAAAGCAUGGUACUACAGAUGAAGUAACUUCAGAGGAAGAAGAGGAAGAAGACAUGGGAGAGGACAUAGAGGAGCUCGAUCACUAUGAGAUGAAAGAGGAGGAGCCAGUAGAUGGGAAGAAGUCUGAGGAUGAUGGCAUCGAGAAAGAGAACCUGGCUAUCCUCGAGAAGAUCCGCAAGAACCAGAGGCAGGACCACUUGAACGUAAGUGCUCAUUCGGGAGCAGUGUCAGGCUCCGUCCAAGCCUCAGAUCGUCUAAUGAAGGAACUUCGUGAGAUUUACAGAUCUCAGAGUUAUAAAUCAGGUAUCUAUUCAGUGGAGCUUGUUAAUGAUAGCCUAUACGAGUGGCACGUCAAGCUAAGAACAGUUGAUCCAGACAGCCCUCUGCACAGUGACCUUCAAGUGCUGAAAGAGAAGGAGGGCAUGGAUUACAUCCUUCUCAAUUUCUCCUACAAAGACAACUUUCCCUUUGAUCCGCCAUUUGUACGAGUAGUUUCUCCUGUGCUGUCUGGCGGUUAUGUCCUUGGAGGAGGGGCCCUGUGCAUGGAACUACUCACCAAGCAGGGCUGGAGCAGUGCCUAUUCCAUCGAGUCUGUCAUCAUGCAGAUUAACGCCACUUUAGUCAAAGGAAAAGCCAGAGUGCAAUUUGGAGCCAAUAAGAACCAAUACAAUCUUGCCAGAGCACAGCAGUCAUAUAAAUCACUGGUGCAGAUCCACGAAAAGAAUGGCUGGUACACACCACCCAAAGAAGAUGGAUAAGAAAAACGUCUCUUCAUUCAAACAAGGACAGAAUGUAUUGGAGUCAACAGCUGUUCUUCUUUUAGAUUUUUUUUUUUUUUUUUUUUUUUUUUUUUUUUUUUUUAAACCUCCUUUUUCUUUCCCCUCUCAACCGCCUCUCAUCGUCUUGCUAGUUGGAGAUUCACCAUGUCUGGAUUAUAGACUUCUGAACUGAGUGGGCUUGGAGAGUUAACGGGUAAAACAUAUUCCUCUACCAUGUUCUCUGUACUAUGCGUCACUGCUCAUUCCCUCCCACUAGUUCUCCGUUCUUCCUGCUUUCUCUUUGGCUGUUUGGUUGGCAGAGCGGAAUUUAAUACGGCAGAUUUCUAGAGUGAUUCCCGUGACCUCUCGCUUCAUGGAUGGACGUCCUGUGAUCGGAGUCAUAAGUCCUGCAUAAAUGCCAAGGUUCCUACACAAUAACAGGCUUUUGGAUAUCAGCGCUUACCCGAGCCUCCCUUAUUUCUCGAAGACUUAAAACGUGAACAUUAUGGAGAAAAAGAAAAGGGGAGAGACUAGGUUUGGGCGGAGGAGACUUAAGUGAUCAACACUUGUAAUGAAGAACCCACAUUGUUUUGGUUUUUUUUGUUUGUUUUUUUUUUCUUUGUUGUUUCUUAGAGAUGGAGGUUAAAUGCCAUCACCACUCCAUCCUCUUGUUCUCUUUGGAGCUUUUUCCUGGUCACACUGAAAAUCUGACCAGGCACGUUGGACUAGUUCACUGUAAAGUCAUCGAAAUGAUUUCCGCCUGUAAGUAAACUUAUAAAGAUGUAUCGCAGAGAGAACUUUUGCAUUUCAGACAGGACUGGAUCGCUUAAAAACAUGCCUGCAUAGCGCGGAACGUCCAUCUGAAGAUUUAUCUUGCAAAUAGAAUAAGGAUAAAUUACUUAAUGGAUAUCCUCAUGUUGACAAAAGGAAUAUCUUAAACAUGUUUUAUGUACACAUUAUGACUACUGCUGUUUUUUUUUUUUUUUUUUUUUCUUUUUUCUUCCCCUUGUGAGAAUGGAAGUGAUGUGUGGCUUACGCUGUCAUUAACUGCAAUUGUGACCAUUCCUCUUUAACCAGUGUGAUUCCUGCUGUGUUUAUUACAUCACCGCUGUUAUGUAAAACCUUUUUUUUGUUUCCUGUCAACUCGGGCACAUAGCAAGGUUGAAGUAUUAAGCAGUCAGUGAGAUUAUACAAAAUUUAUUAAGGAAAGCCACAAAAUGAUCAAAAUUGUUUUUGUAAAGCUUAUUUAUGAUGCCCUGUUCCAUUCCUGUGGGGGGGAAAUCUGUAACAUGACCAUUAUUGCCUUAAAAAAAAAAAAAUCCCUUUUUAAUGUCACUGUCCACACUGCAGAUGUACCUAUUUUACGACUUCCCUCAAAUCUUCAGCUUCCUAAUCUACAUACAAUCAAUUGGUUCAUAACCCAAGUCUUCGUCAGGUGAUGGGGGUGGGACCUGUCCAUUUCUUUUGGGCGAAAUUUUGCCGUCUUGUUGCGUCAGUACUCCUUUUACACAUCCUGCAAACGUGUUUUGAGGGACAUUACUUAAGACUUACAUCUCUCCUUACCAGAAAUCACCAUGUGAUCCACCUGGACAUUUUUACCCCCUUCUCCAUUUAAAUGCCUUCCUCAUUAUUAUUAUUAUUAUUAUUAUUAUUAUUAUUAUUAGAUUUGGUUUUGGUUUCAUUUGCACCAUUAAAUAGCUCAUUGUUACUGUUGAUCGGUGGCUUAUCUAAUUUAAACCAAGGCAUGGCUCAUUUCCUGUUGUUAUUUAAGGUGGCUUAAGGAGGCUAGGUCAGGAAGGGGAUGCGAUAUUAAUGAUCUCUGCGGCAUGGUGAAAUAGCAAUGGUGUAGUGUUUAUUUAUACCAAACCUUAAGGCAUUAGCCUGUAUUUAAGGGAAAAUCCACCCUGAAUGACUUUAUAAAGAACAUAUGAUCUUCAAAGGUGUCCAAGAUUUAUUUUAAGUUUAAUCAUCUUUCAUUGACAUGUCGGACUGUAUUCACCUUGGUUAACAAUUUCCGACCCACAAUUCCAUUCGACUGCCUGCUGAUAGUGGUGCCGGAGGGAUUUAGCCCUCGAUUCAUCUCUACCUUAAGAGAGCGAUGCAGCAGCGCUUUAGUCUUUUAGUCUGUCCAGCUGUCUCACCUCCGCAUCAGUACACUCUGCUCAAACGGAUCAGAUUCCAGAGCUUCAGCUUUGAAAGCCAUGAUUACCGUCAUUUCGCAGAUCAGUAAUUAUUCGAGCCGAGUCUCAGCAUAUAGCUGCAUUGCAUUCUGGACCUUCGUGUCCAACAUGUGCACCAACGUCUCCACUAUUUCUACACUGAGUUUCUCAUUAAUAUGACUUUGAACUUCGCUGGAAAAUGGUGAGUAAGAAAAUGGACUGUUUUUGUUUUAAGGAGCUAAUAGCAAAACCUGACCAACAUCCUGUCAUAUGUUUGAGAUUGUUGAAUUUUUUUCUCAUUUGUAACUCAACUAGCAAUGACAUCAGCACAGCAGACAACCACUGACAGGAAUAACAACAAUACGAGCACCUGAAUCUUUACGUCUUUUAAUCUAACCAUGUUUAAUGUGUUUCAGGGUGGAGUUUUCUUUUAUGUCUUGCAUGAUUUUUAAUAUCUGGGAGAGUGACGACUGUUUACUUGAUGUAGUAGCUGAAGAUCUUUCAUCCCAUCCUAUAAUAAUAGGCUUUGUUUCCUAUUUUAAAUCUGAUUCUCUCCCAGCACUCUAGUGGUUUUAUUGUAAGCAUGCAGAAGUUCACCUCACACACUCGUAUCCACUGAGUCAGUUUGACACUCGCGUUGUGAAGGAUCUUGGGAAAAGCAGAUACCUAGGCUGUGUUUAGCAAGCGAACGUUUUGUAGCUGUACACAGUGUUUUUAGUUGAAUGGUGGAUUGGAUUGUAACGUCUCGCCACAGUCUCUCAGACAUGUUUGCUCCUGUUCGCUGGGUGUGUCGGUGAGAUCGAGAGCAGCAGGUGAUGGGAAAAUAAUAAAACCUCAAUACAACUCAAGCUGCUGGAUUUUUGGUGGAGCUGACCUGUUUUUUUUUUUUUUUUUUUUUUUUUUUUUUUUUUUUAUAAAACUCCUGUAACUCUUUUGUUUGCUUCAAAAACAUGUUUAACUGUGCUACCACAGCCUGAGCUACAUCUGUGCAGUCCAACAUUUAAAAAAAAGUUCACGAGGGAAUCACACAGUAGUGUGAACAGGGCAUUUUAUUACAGCAACAUGUUAUUUAACCAUAAUGGCUGAGUGUAACCCUGAUCUCAUUAUGAAUAUAUGGAGAAAGGUAUACAAACGCCCAGAGAGAUUGAUUUACCUUUUGUUAAGUGUAAGUCGUGUAGUGAUUUGAACCUUCGCUUAAACACUCUGAGCAGUUCUGAUUGGUUUAUGUUGGGGAAUGAGGGGGUUAUGCACUGUUAGCAUGCAUUGGUUUUAUUUUGCUUUUUGUUUUCCAUCGUGUAAUUUUGACCUUGUACAUACAAUUUGUAAACUUGCAUCAAGUUUAUGAAUAAAGAAUUUUAAGAAAUA